AUGCCGCCACGCAGCAAGAGGGGCGCCGAUCAGCUCCCCUCCGAUGACAAUGAGGUGGCAGAACAAGAAGGGGAGUCUGGCUCAAACAAGCGUCCCAAUAGAGCACGAAAGCCGACUAAAAAGCGGAAACAAGGCGACGAAGAUGCAGAAGACAAGAGGGCCGCGCAGCUCGAGCGCGAACUCAAGGAUCUUCGGAAGAAGAAGAAGCAACGAGACGGUCCGGCUAGGAACAAGAACAACGGCACUGAGUCUCCUGGACCCGAGUCCGAAGACGAGUACCUCUCAGAUGGAGGAACAUUCAGGCGCAGUCAUGGGAUGCGAGCCAAAUUGCUGUAUACUCAACUGCCUUUUAAAGGUGCGCGAGAAAUACGAAACAGCCCCACGAACAGCACUCCCUAUGCGCAUUUCCCAUCGCGAGGGCAGUGGGAGCCCGCCGCGGGGGCGCUCUCAACAACCACGGAACUCGCAGUCGCCGCCGGCUGGUUCUUCACGGCCGCCUUCUCCACCGACAUCGCGACCACCCUCAUCCCUCUCAGGUGCUCGUCUGUCGUCACCUUCUCAACCAAGGUCGCGGCCGCCAUCCCCUUCUCGUCCGUGGUCACGUUCACCAUCGCCUUCUCACCCACGUGCGAGGCAACCAUCCCCUUCAAGUCACCCGCGAUCGCGGCCACCAUCCCCUUCUCGCCUGCGGCCACAGUCUCCGACAUCUCCAGCUUCUCGCCCGCGCGCAAGUAG